UGGCUCCAUGCGCAUCCAAUUACUCCCAGACCAACUCAUUAGCCAAAUCGCCGCUGGCGAGGUGGUGGAUCGGCCAGCAUCGGCGCUUAAAGAGUUACUUGAAAACAGCUUAGAUGCGGGUAGCACCGAGGUAUCUGUGGCGCUGAUGCAAGGUGGUGUUAAGCAACUGCGGGUGGCAGAUAAUGGCAAAGGCAUUGCGCAAGAAGAUUUGAGUUUGGCGCUCACACGCCAUGCCACCAGUAAAAUUGCCACGUUGGAAGAUUUAGAGUCUGUUGCGAGCUUAGGUUUUAGGGGCGAGGCUUUAGCCAGUAUCGCCUCAAUCUCACGCACACAAAUUUUAAGCCGCGAGCAAAAUACCAAGCAUGCUUGGCGUAUCGCCUCAAACGGCAGUGAAAUUUCGCCUAUCGAGCCCGCCGCGCUAGAUGCAGGCACGAUUGUGGAAGUGAGCGAUUUAUACUUUAACACGCCUGCUCGCCGCAAAUUUUUAAAGUUAGAGGGCACCGAGUUUGGUCAUUGCGAAGAUGCUUUUGAGCGCAUCGCAUUAUCAAGACCUGAUGUGGCUUUUACCUUGCAGCAUAAUGGCCGUGUGUUAAGUCGCUAUGCAAUUGGCGCACCUGAACGCCGCUUUACCGAGGUGUUAGGUGAUGAAUUUGCUGCUGAAUCCCUCAGUUUAGAUGAAUCGGCAGCAGGUUUGCGGCUAUGGGGCAGGGCGGCCAAACCCACAUUUAACCGCCACAGCCGCGAUACGCAAUAUGUGUAUGUAAACGGCCGCUUUGUGCGCGACAAGCUGAUUGCGCAUGCAAUACGUCAAGCCUACCAAGAUGUAUUGCACCAUGACCGUCACCCCGCGUUUGUACUGUUUUUAGAGUGCGACCCCACGCUGGUGGAUGUCAACGUACACCCCGCAAAAACAGAAGUGCGGUUUAGAGACAGCCAAGCCAUUCACCGCUUUAUUUUUCAUUCGCUGCAUAAGGCUUUGGCCACGCCUACAGGGGCAUCAAACGCAGUUACGGCUGGGCAGGCCGCGCAUAAUCCUUUUGCUGGAUUGGUGGUGGUGGAUAUGCACGCCGCACACGAGCGCAUUAUGUACGAAAAACUAAAAAAUGCGCUGGAUGCUAAAAGCGUUGCCAUGCAGCCUUUAUUAUUGCCUGUGAGCUUUCACGCCGAUAAAUUAGAGGUGGCUGCCGUGCAUGAAGCGCUGGCGAGCAAUGACAACAGCCUGCAACAACUGGGCUUUGAUAUUGCUAUUUUAUCGCCCACCACACUGGCGGUGCGCGGUGUGCCUGUGAUGCUGCAACAAGCCGAUGCCGUCACGCUCGCACGCGAUGUGUUGCGUGAUUUGCGUGAGUUUGGCGCCAGCCGUGCGUUAACCGAAAGGCGCAAUGAGCUAUUAGGCACCAUGGCCUGCCACGCCGCGGUACGUGCCAACCGCAGCUUAACCAUCCCUGAAAUGAAUGCGCUACUGCGUGAUAUGGAAGCCACCGAACGCAGUGGACAAUGCAACCACGGACGCCCAACUUGGUUUCAGGUAAGCAUGAGCGAUUUGGAUAAGAUGUUUAUGCGGGGUAAA